AUGAAGGGGCUGUUCAAGUCGAAGCCGCGGACGCCGGCCGAUGUUGUGCGGCAGACGCGGGAACUCCUCAUAUACGUCGACGUCAAUUGGAACUCCCGAGAUGCUAAGCGGGAGGAGAAGAUGGCGGAACUAAGCAAAAAUAUCCGGGAGUUGAAAUCUAUUCUGUAUGGCAACAGUGAAGCAGAGCCAGUCUCUGAAGCAUGUGCCCAGUUGACACAGGAGUUUUUUAAAGGAAACACCUUACGCCUGCUAAUUAUUUGUCUCCCAAAAUUGAACCUGGAGGCACGGAAAGAUGCUACUCAAGUUGUUGCAAAUUUACAAAGGCAGCAAGUUCAUUCACGGUUGAUUGCUUCUGAUUAUUUGGAAGCAAACAAAGAUCUUUUGGAUCUUUUAGUCUCUGGGUAUGACAAUGUGGACAUUGCUUUACAUUAUGGUGCUAUGUUAAGGGAAUGCAUUCGUCAUCAAAGUAUAGCAAGGUAUGUUUUAGAGUCUGAAAACAUGAGGAAGUUCUUUAAUUAUAUACAGCUUCCAAAUUUUGACAUAGCUUCGGAUGCCUCUGCAACUUUUAAGGAGCUUUUAACAAGGCAUAAAUCAACUGUUGCUGAAUUUCUUUCUAAAAAUUAUGACUGGUUUUUCAAGGAAUUUAACUCAAAGCUGCUGGAGUCUCCCAAUUACAUAACAAGAAGGCAAGCUAUCAAGCUUUUGGGAGACAUGUUACUGGACCGAUCAAAUUCUGCAGUUAUGGUGCGCUAUGUUAGCUCCAAGGACAAUCUUAUGAUUCUAAUGAAUCUUCUGAGGGAAACAAGUAAGAACAUCCAAAUAGAAGCGUUCCAUGUAUUCAAGUUAUUUGCUGCUAAUCAGAAUAAGCCACAGGAGAUAGUAAGCAUACUUGUCACAAACAGAAACAAGCUUCUUCGUCUUCUAAGUGACUUUAAGACAGACAAAGAGGAUGAACAGUUUGAGGCAGACAAAGCUCAAGUUAUCAAAGAAAUAGCGGCCCUGUAACGAAGGAAUGCCCCUGAUGGAGUUUGCCAUGUCUGUUAAUUAUUUUUUAUUAUGUUAUUGUAAAUUUAGAAGAUUAGUUGGAAUCACCCUGUUCUCUGGUCUCUGGCAUGGCAUCCACGGACCAUUGUAUUGUAUCUACAGGGGGGAAAAAAAUACUUGCCUGAAACAUCAAUCUGUAAGAAGAUCAUGCUUCUUGUCUUGUAACAACUUGUAUACAAUUGUGUUAAUUAUAUACUUGUUAAAGUGUUCUGGAUUUUCACAA